AUAAUUUAUUUUUAUGUAUUAACUUUUCGUAGAAUGGUGCAGCCACGUUUUAUUCAAAUUAUCUUUUCUAUUGUGUUUUUAAACAACCAGAAAUAGAGAUCUAGAGAUGUCCAACCUUUUUGUUGAUAGCGGGUUUCCUAAUGAAUAUGUGAGCUAUGUUAGUCAGUGUAACCCAACCAGUCUUUCAGCAGGCAGGUGAAACCUUGUACAGGUCACAUUUUUGGAUGACCAUGACCUGACCGUGGAGAUUUUAAAGGGCGGUUCAGUUCUCCAGACAAGCCCGGAUCUCAACAAAGUGACGGCUCUCAGCAGGUGAUGACAAUAACGCUGACGAACCAAGAGGUCGCAAACAAAUUUUAGAGUGUUUCGGAGGCGAGGCAGUAGUGGCAGCAUGCGUGUGAGCAGCAGCUGGAAGUGGCAGCUCUCUCGAACCAUGCGAUUGGCACUGCGCUGGUGCCAGUUGCAGAGAGGGGGCCGAGGUCGACGUGGCAAGCAGCAGAUCUGCAACAGGUUGUCGGAGCUGUGGAGCUACAGCAAACUGCUUCUCCGCUCACUCUAUUACAACACCCUCUCUGACUCUGACACCCUGCUGGACUGUAUAUUUGAACCUGUCUUCUGGGUUGUGGACAACCUGACCCGCUGGUUUGGAGUGGUGUUUGUCUGCCUAGUUGUGCUGCUGACGUCCUCUGUCGUGAUCAUCGUCUACCUGUUUGUCAUACCCAUGGUUGUUAGAACCUACCCUGUACACUGGAGCAUCUGGCACCUGGGCUUUGGUCACUGGGUCCUUGUCAUGAUAGUCUUCCAUUACUACAAGGCUACCACCACCUCCCCUGGACACCCACCAAAGGACAAACAUAACACCCCCUCUGUUUCCAUCUGUAAGAAGUGUGUCGCACCAAAACCACCCAGGACGCACCACUGUAGCAUCUGCAGCAUAUGUAUUCUGAAGAUGGAUCACCACUGUCCCUGGCUCAACAACUGCGUGGGCCACUUUAACCAUCGCUACUUCUUCUCCUUCUGCCUCUACAUGACGCUGGGUUGUAUCUACUGCAGCAUCAGCAGCAUAAACAUGUUUCUGGAGGCGUACAAUGCUGUAGAGAGUUACUUUCAAACCCCUCCUCCAGACUACAGCUUCAGUGACAGCACGGCUCACAAGUGUAUCAUCUUCCUCUGGGUGCUGACCAGCUCAGUUGCAGUAGCUCUGGGAGGACUCACCCUGUGGCACGCCAGGCUCAUCAAUAAAGGCGAAACAAGCGUGGAGCGCCACAUCAACAACAAAGAGGCCAAAAGGCUGAAGGAGAUGGGAAAAGUGUUCAGAAGUCCGUACCACCGUGGUAGGACAAACAACUGGAAAUUGCUUUUUGGUGUGGAGACGAGGAGUCACUGGUUGACCCGGGUCCUCUUACCCUCCAGUCAUCCUCCAAAUGGGGACGGCAUCUUGUGGGACAGCAUCUUUACCCAAAGAGACCCCAUGGCCAUCUGACUUUGAGCCAGUGUUGUUAUAUUAGAAAAAUGACACCUUUUACAUACAUGCACAGUACAAGCGUUGACGGAUUGCUCAUUUCUGUGUUUGUGUUGCAGAGAACAUGUGUCCCUGGUGGGUGCAGUCUUUUUAUACGGGAAAAUAGUUUUAGUGCCGAUGAAACAUCCACCCACUAAAGAUUAGUCAUCAUUUCCUGAGUAGUUAAUCCAACAUGUGACUGCUCUGCUGCUGGCUGACUGGAUUAUCUGGUGCUGCUGGUCAGCACCAGGUACUCCUUCAGUAUUUCCGUAAACAAGAGGCCUUGUUUGACUCAGUGUUUAUGGCCCCCAUGUCUAUAAGGGGCUCUAAUGGAUGGGGACAAUCUAAGGAAUUUAUGUCUAAAGCAGAGAAGUAGGGUGAGCUAUGAACAAGUGUGUGUGUGCACCUUUAAUGACUAGUCGGAGCACAAUCACGACCGGAGCGUAUCGCAGCUGUCCUGGGGUUCAUUCCAGAUGCUCAGCUGCCCUGGAGGGUCAGGUCUUCUGUGCCUCAAGUUUAAUAAACAACAUGCGUAUCUCACACUGUUCCUGUUGGAAAUAUAUUCAGAAUACAGCUUGGUCAACUGUUUCUUGCAACAGAUGCUAUUCAUUUGGCAGUCUAAAAGACCGAACAACAAAAAAACAAAAGAUGGAUAAAAGAAGCUAUCGAGAUAAGGAGACGUGGAUGUGGGACCAUAAAUAGGGACGAUGGAGUUUACUUGUUGGGUCGCGCAUGGGACUGCAUCGUCGGAGAGGGGAGAGUGGGCAGCAGAGGGCGACAACGUCCUCUGCUGCCCACUGAUAAAUGGAGAAGGGAGUGACGCCACCAUCAGCGUCAGCCUGACGAAGUUUGCAGUGCAAAUGAAACGUUGCAGGUAAAUAAAACCUUUCUGUGUUUUAAAAAGAACUAAAAGAUGGAAUUAGAAUUUCAACACAGCUAGAACACACCAAAGAAGUCUAAAAGAGGGAUGUUUUUUUCUAAUUUUACACAGAAACAUUCAAAUCCUUUAUAAAACUGGCUCAGCACACUUGAAUAUUAUUGGUUUCUGCCUUUUUAAUUAUUCCUAUAAUUUUCUGAUCUCCUCAAUUAGUUCUUUGGAAUUUCUAUAAGCAAAUAAUCACCUGUGGUAGACAGCUGUAUUACUUGGUGACAGAGUGAUGAGCUAACGGCUAGUCCAAGCAAGAUCAACGUUAAUUAAAAAAAACAACUUGGGUUUUAAAUGUUUAUAAAAUAGCUUUCAUGUGGAAGUGACCACUUAGGGAUUUCUGUGUCAUUGAACUAGAUGUUAGUAAAGUCCAUCAGUCAGAAAAAUAGUCCUUGUUUCUCCAAACUGAGGCUGCUCAAAAAGCUUCCUACAACAGUUACCACACCUGUUCAAAGCUUUUGUAAGAUCAGAGCAUCACAUGGGCACUAUGUUUUAUUUUCUCAAAGCUUGUACCUGUUCUUGUUAGUGUGUGUGUGUGUGUGUGUGUGCGUGCGUGCGUGCGUGUAUGUAUGUGUGUGUGAAAUGUGAUCAGAUGGGCUCUAAUGCCAAAGAAUAAAGACUUUUUGAAUUUCUGAUGUGAUCAUUUGGGUCUUUGAUCAGUUUGAAGGGAUGAAACUGUUACAGAUUAUUUAUACAUUAUCAAGUCAGACACUGACAUCUAAUCCUUUAAUUUCAGUUUCAUUUUUAAUGGCUGUUUCUUUGACUUGAUGGAAAAACUGGCCCUUAUGGGCCAUUCCCAUCUGUACCGGGUCGGCCCGGGCCGGGUAGCAUAGGUUGUUUACAUAUCUGGGUGGCCUGGUAUUUUUCCGGGCCAACCAAGGCUCAUUCUCAGCCCUCUUCUCGAGGGGGUCUGCUUCAGGCCGACCAGGGCCAACACACCCACUGCUGACAGCAAAUUCACACCUUCCAUUAGAGCAAGCCUCUGAUUGGUGGGUAGAAUCAGCCCACAUGGGCUUAAGGCAAGGAUGUGUGGAAUCAACCGGGCCAGGCUGGGGCCGACUGGGGCUACCCGGCCCGGGCCGACCCAGUACAGAUGGGAAUGGCCCAUUAGUUGCCUUGGAAACGGUUCUGAUGUAAUCCAACAGGAGCUGUGCUCCAUCUUGUUUUCCACCUUUUUCAAUAAAGCUUUUUUUCUUUC